AGUACAAACUUCCCCGUUUCUUCCCUAAAAAAUGGCAGCCGAAUCUGUGACUAAAGAUGAGAUGGUGAAGGUUAAGGUGACCGGGAAAUCCCAAGUCAAGCCGGGGAAGGACAUCGGAAGAAGAGAGUGUCAAUUGGUCACUUUUGAUCUUCCAUAUUUGGCUUUUUACUAUAACCAGAAGCUGCUGUUUUACAGGGGAGGAGAUGGGUUUGAGGAGAAGGUGGAGAAGCUCAAGGAUGGGCUGAGGGUUGUGUUGGAGGAGUUCUAUCAGCUGGCUGGGAAGCUAGGGAAGGAUGAGGAAGGUGUGUUUAGGGUGGAGUAUGACGAUGAAAUGGACGGCGUCGAGGUAGUGGAGGCAGUGGCGGAGGGGAUCAGCAUUGACGAUCUUGCGGCGGAGGAGGAAGUUACUAGCACCAUGAAGCAGCUGAUUCCCUUCAAUGGGAUCUUGAACUUGGAGGGCCUCCACCGGCCAUUGCUGGCAGUACAGUUGACCAAGCUGAAUGACGGACUCGCGAUUGGAUGCGCGUUCAACCACGCGAUCCUCGAUGGCACUAGCACGUGGCAUUUCAUGGGCUCGUGGGCCCAGAAUUCCGUUACGGUCCCACCCUUCCUCGAGCGUACCAAGGCGCGGAACACGCGCGUGAAGCUCGACCUCUCGCUGCCGCCUAACCCACAUGCUUCAGACGACGGCGAUUCCAACGGCGACGCCAAGCACGUCCCGCCGCUCAGGGAAAGGAUCUUCAGAUUCUCCGAAGCCGCCGUAGGGAAGAUCAAGUCAAAAGUCAACGCAAACCCGCCGUCCGAUGGAUCCAAACCGUUUACCACUUUCCAGUCCCUCGGCGCCCAUGUCUGGCGCCACGUGACCCUCGCUCGUAACCUGGAACGCGAAGACUACACGGUCUUCACUGUCUUCGCCGACUGCCGGAAACGGGUCGACCCACCUAUGCCGGAAAGUUACUUUGGCAACCUGAUCCAAGCCAUCUUCACUGUAACCGCCGCCGGGUUACUCUUGGCGAACCCACCGGAGUUCUGUGCUUCGACGAUUCAGAAAGCGAUAGCAGCGCACGACGCCAAGGCAAUUGAUGCGCGGAACACGGAGUGGGAGAGUGCGCCGAAGAUUUUCCAGUACAAAGAUGCCGGGGUGAACUGUGUGGCCGUCGGGAGCUCUCCGAGGUUUAAGGUUUAUGACGUGGAUUUUGGGUGGGGGAAGCCGGAGGGCGUGAGGAGUGGGUCAAACAACAGGUUUGAUGGGAUGGUGUAUUUGUAUCAGGGAAAGAGCGGCGGUGGGAGCAUCGACGUGGAGAUUAGCUUGGAGGCCCGAGCGAUGGAGAGGUUGGAAAAGGAUAAGGAGUUUCUGGUGGAAGUGUAGGAAGAAUGAUCAGAAGGUGUUCGACAUAAUGCUGCAGUGGGUAGUGGAUGCAGCUUAGAUUUGGCAAAAACAUAUGUUAAGCCAUUAAAGUAAUCCCAGAUUCACAAUUGAGCCCCCAAACUUUAAUUGAUGCAUAUAAACCAUUAGACUUUACGAUAUGAAUAAUUUAACCCUUAGUUCUUUUACUGCUGUAAGAAUUAGAGUUAAAUUGUUUUAAGAACAAGGGUUCAAUUGUUCAAAUUGUAAAGUCCAAAGGUUUAUGUGCAUCAAUUAGAAUUUAAAAACUUAAGAGCGAAUCUUGAAUUAGUUUAAAGGCUUAACAUAUGAUUUUAUCCUUACAUUAUUGGUUAAGUAUGUUUAGUUUGAUGUUGUUAGCUAUGUAAUGGAAUUUCGUCGAAGAAUUUUUUUUCUUUUAAUUAAAAGCAUUAGACUUUAUGUACCAAAAAAAAAAAAAAAAAGCAUUAGACUUUUUAUGCUGUCAAGUGUCAAUGGUGAACAUAUAUGACUUAUUUUUGGAGAGUGGAAAUUAGGAAUUUGGGGAUGGGAUCGAUGGUGUAAAGAGAAUGGUAUGAAGGUUUUAGAUUUUUAUUGGCACAACAUCUUAAAUGGAAUAAGGAGAAUAGAGUCAAUUUCACUUU